GUUCCCUCCCUCCCCCUCUCUCUCGGUUUCUGCCGGGAAACUGGUUCUUCCGGCGGUUGGCUUUGCUUUUGACUGUUGUGUUUGUCUUUUAUGAAAUUUUGGGGUGAAGAUAACGGACAUGGUUAUUUCAGUGGUGUCGCCGAGGAGAUCGAUUAGAGAUACGUUCUUUAAAAGUAGUGCUGAGGGACAUUACAAAUAUAACCAUCAGAAAAGGUGCUCUUAUGGGUACCAGGAGGAUGAUGAGCCAGUGGAGCUCGUGCAGAUUGGAGCUGAGAGGACCAAGAAUGUUCUAAUUUUGAUGAGCGAUACUGGUGGAGGUCAUCGAGCAUCAGCAGAGGCUAUUCGCGACGCGUUUAGACUGGAAUUCGGGGAUGAUUACAGGGUUUUCGUGAAGGAUGUGUGGAAAGAAUACACUGGCUGGCCGUUGAAUGAUAUGGAGAGAACAUACAAGUUCAUGGUGAAACAUGUACAGCUCUGGAAGGUUGCAUUUUUCAGUACCUCUCCUCGUUGGAUUCACUGCUUCUAUCUAACUGCUAUUGCUGCCUUCUAUGCCAAAGAGGUGGAGGCUGGUCUGAUGGAGUACAAACCAGACAUUAUCAUUAGUGUCCAUCCUCUGAUGCAACAUGUUCCUCUGUGGGUGCUUAAAUGGCAGGGGCUUAAGAAGAAAGUGGUGUUUGUUACAGUUAUUACAGACCUCAAUACCUGUCACCGAACAUGGUUCCACACUAGUGUCAACAGAUGUUACUGCCCAUCAGAGGAGGUAGCAAAGAGAGCUUUGCUAGAUGGCCUACAGUCCUCCCAGAUUCGUGUCUUUGGAUUGCCAAUUCGUCCGUCUUUCUGUCGAGCAAUUCUGUCCAAGGAUGAAUUAAGAAAAGAACUGGAGAUGGAUCUUCAUUUGCCUGCAGUUUUGCUCAUGGGAGGUGGUGAAGGCAUGGGUCCUGUCAAGAAAACUGCAAGGGCCCUUGGAGAAUCACUAUUUGAUGAAAAGCUUGGCAAACCUGUUGGCCAAAUUGUUGUCAUAUGUGGCCGUAAUAAGGACCUAGCUGCUACACUAGAGUCAUUUCAGUGGAAGGUUCCUGUAAAGAUAAGAGGAUUUGAGACCCAGAUGGAGAAAUGGAUGGGAGCUUGUGACUGCAUUAUCACUAAAGCUGGACCUGGCACAAUUGCAGAGGCUUUGAUAAGGGGGCUUCCAAUUAUCCUAAAUGACUUUAUCCCUGGACAGGAAGUUGGCAAUGUCCCUUAUGUUGUAGACAAUGGUGCGGGUGUCUUCUCUAGUAGUCCAAAGGAAACAGCUGUUCUAGUUGCUGAAUGGUUCAGCUCCAAGACAGAAGAGCUCAAGAAAAUGUCAGCUAAUGCCCUUAAGCUAGCACAACCAGAUGCUGUAUUCAAUAUUGUUAGAGACAUUCAUGAGCUUGCACACCAACAUGGGCCACUGUCAAGUAUCUCAUGUUCCCUGACCAAAUCAUUUUCACAUUCAACCUAAUUUAAAGUAUAUAUGUACCAUCAAGAUUAGUUUAGGUCCCCACUUAUAUAUCAUGUAAAGCUAGCUAUGAUAUCAUUUUUUCGCCUUGAGCGGCUUCCUGGAGUAAUGACACCUGUAGAUUUUUUGUAAGCAGAUUCUAAUGUUAUAGGGGGGUUUGAUGAUUGUGAACCCUAGGGAGGGAUAAAGGGCACUUCUGUGGGGAGUCUGAUUUAUGUAUCUUUCUUAUGCCUCAAGGUCUGAUGUUCCCUUCCUGAAAUAGUGUUUCUUUCUGACUGGACCAGACUAUGAUGUGAAGUUUUCUUGUUUUGGUGGUGUUUAUCAAUAGCUUGCUUAAGCAAACCAGUACUUGUAUUCUAGUAAAGGCAUCACUCAAUCUUAAGAAAACGAUUUGGUUAUGGACAAUCACUUUGAGUUAAA